AUGUCGGAGGCUCUCUUUUUCAAACUUCGAAAUCCACGCUCACAAAAUUCGACGGAUUCUUCAAAACGAUGUUGCCAAAGACGAGUCCGGAGCGAUUUUCAUCGAUCGCGUCCCAAACACUUCCGCGUGAUCCUCAAUUUCAUGAGAGAUGGCCACGUGGAUCUUCAGAAGUAUUCAGAAGACGUCACUGAAAUUCAGAAGGAAGCUGAGUACUAUUUCAAAAUGCUCGACGAAAUUGUAAAAAUCGAUGUAGGCGGCUAUGUUUUCAAAACUUUCAAAUCUACGUUGGAAAAAUCCGACGGUUUUUUCAAGCAAAUGUUGAAGGCUACUAGCAAGGCUAUGUUCGACGAGUCCCUUAGUAUUCGGAACUUUAUUAAGAAAACAUAUAAGAAACAACAAUCAAACGUACAAGAAAGUUCAAGAAACUAUGAAAAUCUUUUUUUUGUUGAACGACCAACCGGAACCAGAACAAUCUGA